AUGGCCGCGGAGCGCCGCUGGGCGCCCUUCGGAGCGGCGCUCGUGGCGCUGUUGAUCUGGUCAACGUUCCUCUCCGCCAGUUGCCUCCCAUAUGAGGGGGAUGGCUCAUAUGAAUGGAACGAGGUGCACAGUGUCCAAGUUGAGGAAGACAGCUCCAAGGGGGUUUGCUUUAGGAAAGGGGCGACGACGUGUGUGAAGUACCAGAUCAGGGCAAACAAGACAAUCCUGGCAUUUGUGGCACUGAGAGCCGAUGCAAAGGCCUCUCUUGAUGGGAGCAGAAUGGUGAAACAUGUCAAGGGCAGCGUCUGCAGUGGCAAGACAUGCAACGUGGACGUGGGGGUUUCCGAGAAGCACUCUUAUUGCCUCGUGAUGCUCAACAGGAAUAACGAUGCCCCAGAAUUCAAAGACGCCUCACCAUCGAAAGCCGAAAUCCGUUUCAAAGUAAAUGGCUGUCCCAGCACGCUGUGGGCAAUAAUUAGCGUAGUUAUUGUAAUCCUCUUGAUGAUAGCGCUGGUUGCCUGCUGCAGCGUGUGCUGCAUGCACUUUGUGCGCAGGCGAAACCGCCAGCGAAUCGCGCAUCAAAUGAAUCCAGUGAUUCAGUUGGGCCCCAACACAACGCUGCCGCCUGGGCCCAUGUACCAGGCGGACGUCAGGCCAGGCGUCCCCCAGGCAGGCCCUGGGGAGCAGUACCCCCAAGUGGCCAUCGGAACGCCACAGCCGCAAUCCAUACAAUUUCUCGAGGCGAAGUUGUAA